GUUCACAAUCACAAACCCUGAAGUCACACGGCCCAAGUCGAAAACUGACCCAAAAACGUCCACCUACCUGUUUACAACUGUUCACAAAGGGAGUGUCGUUUGGAAACUGAACUUUAUACCAGAGAAUGGCUUCUCGUGGGAAAUCAGAAACCAGCAAAUUAAAGCAGAACAUGGAAGAACAACUCGACAGACUAAUGCAGCAGCUUCAGGACCUGGAGGAUUGCAGAGAAGAGCUAGAUGAGGAGGAGUACGAGGAGACAAAAAGGGAGACCCUGGAGCAGCUGGGUGAAUUCAACGACUCCCUGAAGAAGAUAAUGACAGGAGACAUGACUCUGGUGGAUGAGCUCAGUGGGAUGCAGCUGGCGACCCAAGCUGCCAUCAGCCAAGCUUUCAAGACGCCYGAAGUGAUCCGACUUUUUGCAAAGAAGCAGCCGGGGCAGCUGAGAACUAGACUUGCAGAGAUGGACCGAGAGGUGAUGGUGGGGAAACUGUCGCGGGACGUCCACACGCAGCAGAAGAUGGAAAUCCUCAUGGCCUUGAAAAAACUCGAAGAGAAGCUAACUCCAGAGGAAGAGGCAUUUCUUAUAGAAAAUGCUACAGCUACUCUGAGCCAGUUCGAAAAAGUGACAGCAAACCUGGGCUCCGAGGACAAAAUUAUGGCUUUAGCUAGCUCUGGAGUCAAAAACAAAGCAUAGCAAGUUCAGAAAAUGUUCAUUUUAAAAAUUAAUGUUUUUAUGAAAACAGAAUUGUGCCAACUGAUUACAUGUCUUGUAAAUAUUCAGUGCAUUUUUAAGUGUUCCUUUAGAAGCUAACUCUUUUUAAUAGUGCUGUUUUAUACUUGUUAGCUUUUAUAAAUGUCUUUUAUUUGUUUUAGUGCUGGAUUGUAUUAAUGUUGGUACGAAGAUGUGAUUUGAUGUUUAAACUCAGCACAAAAAGUAAGGACCGUUGUGUUUGGUUGAUUAUUUCUUUAUUAUAACGAUUCACCUUGACAAUUAAUCUUAUUCCGAAAACCUCUUUAUUUUCACAUGAUGGUUCCACAUUUGUUAGUAAAAUACAUUUGUUGGAUGAGCAGUAUGUGGGUCACACUUGUGAAUAGAAUAGAAUAGAAUAGAAUAGAAUAGAAUAGAAUAGAAUAGAAUAGAAUAGAAUAGAAUAGCCUUUAUUGUCCCGCAGAGGGGAAAUUCAGCUUGCCAAAUCCUUUUUUUUUUUUCUUCUUUUUUUUGUGAUUCGUUUAAGAAACGGGCCUCAGUAGGAUGUGGAAGAACCAUACACAGCCACAACAGCCUGCCACCUGCUUGGUUGUGUUGGUCACUCUAACAGCAAACAUCAGCUGAUUCCAUGAGGUUUAGGUCAGGACUGCAGGGGUCCCAGAAGCUCGAAUCAAGAGGCAUCAGAACAAGCUGUUUGACAUUGGCAAAGAAGAUUUGGCCAUUUUUUUAUGAGCUCAACCCAUGGAUGCAUUUUCUUUCCAACAACAGAAAUUUAAUUGUCAAGAAGUAUUGUUAUGACAAAAAAAAAAAAUCAACAAAACAUUACUUUUCUUACAUUUUGUGCAAUCGUCAAAAAAAUAUAUGCCAAUGAUUACAAACUAAAAGAAGAAUAUUGUGUUGUGCAUUGUGCUGCCGUUUCUCUUUUAAAACUUGAACAUUUCUCUGGUGAUUUUAAGAUGUUGACUUCCUUUACAAGAGACAAAAACAUCCAUAAAAAAGUAAAUAACUUAAAAAAAGCUUCCCCUUUUAGGCUUUGAACAAAACAAGAAACACUAAAGGAAGCAGACUCUUCACAAAUCUCAAGUGCAAAACGUGGAGUCACAAUAAAUUUAAUCUUUGAAGGCAUUCAA